AUGGCUUCAGAUCCGCCGACAUCUCUUGAUACAAAUGUACUGGAGAAGAUUUUUACCAAGCCUGUGCUACUUCAAAAUGAUAAGUCUUACUAUCUUCGUCGUUACUUUCCCCUCCCGAAAGACCAAUCUUGGAAUAUAUAUCAAACUACGAUGGAGGGCACUGUGACGCAGGGCACUAUACCGAUUUCUGUCUUCGUUACUGCGCCGGGAGCUUACAUCUGCACUUACAUCGAGACGAAAAAUGCUUCAAUACCAUUUAAAGCUCGUCAUUUGCUGAAAUAUUAUUACCAGCAACUAUACGGCAACCUGGCCGGGCUGAAUUAUAUUGGUUAUUGCGACAUCACCUACGCUACCGCCCGCACCGCUAUGUUGAACGCGGCUACCACUAUCCAUGGGCUCAAUGGAUGGAAGCCCUGUGCGGUCUUCCAUUUCGGCUUCCACCAAGUCCACGUCAUGCGCAGUAUUUUAGAUAGCAAAGUCUACACUCCACACCCGGCGAUCCGCUCUACACCAGGCGGUGGCAAGUAG